AUGGCUGCUCAGUUUCAGCUCUUGCAUGCCAGCGUCACAUCUGCUGGCGGGGCGUGCCUCUGCUUUAGACCUUUCAAUGCUAUUUUGGGUCUUUGCAAAACAGAGGAACCGCUGGGUUCUCAAGUGGUCAUAAGUCGUGUCUCUUGUAUAACCGGAAACGAGAAUCAACAAGAUGCCGGCUUGCCGAGUGGUGCGUCCCUGGCCGGAUGCAAGGGCUCGGCCGUCUUAUUGCAGCAACAACAACGCAUCCCAUGUGAGGUAUCAUCAGGCCACAUAACACCAGCCGCGCCUAUAUGCGACUGGCGGUUGCUGACUGCUUACUUCGAAACAUGGUGA